AUGGAGAGAUUAACAAGAAGCUUUUCGACAUCAACUGUUGAUAUCAAUAAGGCUUGGAGGAGGAAGAUCUACGACGGGAAAAUUGACGGAAGUCCUGAUCACCGGAAAGACAUGAAAACUGUUAAGUUUGGAGAAAGCCGCCAUGGUCGGUUAUGGAAGAUCAAGAAGUUGUUCCACUUGGAUGGAGGCUCCGAUGAACAUGAUCAGGUAGAUGAGGUGGCGGAUGGUGGCAUGAAAAGUAAAUCAAAACCUCAUCAAUCGAAGAUUGCAGAAUCUAAAGAUAAGUUCGAGAGUAGGUUGAUGCUUGAAAUUUAUAAGAAUAUGUCAGCUUCUCAUGAGUUAUCUUCGAUGUAUAAUUGA